AUGUUCAGUCCUAACACUCCAGAAGCAGUGAAGAGUGAACUAAAGAAUACUCUUGGAACUCCUUGCUCGGACACUCUGGGUACGUAUCUUGGGUGUAAUGUAGAUAUUGAUGGAAGAUCUUCUCGUUCUAUGCAUUACUUAGUGGCCAAAGUUCAGAAAAAAGUUCUCUCUUGGAAAUACUUGUGCUUGUCCCAAGCAGGAAGAUUGCUUCUCAUUAAUGCAAUUCUGGCUGCUUUUUGUGCAAACGUGCUUGCUGUUUUCCUUAUUCCUAAGAAUAUCACGAAACAAAUUGAUGCUAUCUUGAUGCACUAUUGGUGGAAGGGUGUGCCAAAUGAAAAAGGAAUAUGUUGGGUGAGAAGAACGAAGUUGGAAAUUCCAAAAGGUAUGGGAGGUAUUGGCUUGAGAAAUGUGGAAAGCUUCAAUAAUGCCUUGCUUGUAAAGCAAGCAUUUAGAAUUCAUAAUAAUCCCUCCCUUUUACUUUCAAAAGUCAUGACCUCAGCUUACAAGAGAUCCCCUGUAGAAGCAGCUAUGACUAACAAUAUUCAUCAGAAAUCUUCAUGGGGGUACAGAGGACUUUGCAUGUGUGUUCAGAAAGCAAAGAAAGGGAUAGGCAUGACUGUGAUCAGAGGAAAUACACCUAUAAAUCAAGAUAAUUGGCUUCCUUCAAGAAAAGUGGAAUUCAGAAACACUAGUCAAUCUGAUUAUGGUGGGUUGAACAAUGUAAAAGACCUAUUUAAAGGAGCAACAAGGGAGUGGAAUGAAAAUCUCAUAUGGCGCACAUUCAAGGCAGAUACGGCAAGGGAGAUACUAAGUCUUCACAUACCUCAAGAGGAUACGGAUGACACAUAUCAGUGGAUUGCCAAUAAGAAAGGCCAAGCUUCAGUUAAGUCAGUUUACAGUCUGCUUGUUAGUGAAAAGGAAGAGCAAAUGGCAAACGGAUUUCAGAAUCAGUUUUGGAAAUUACUUUGGAAAAGUAAUCUGCUUCCCAAAUGGAAGAUAUUUGUUUGGAAAUUAUCGAAUAAAGCUCUGUCAGUUAAGGAAAAUCUGAAAAUAAGAGGUAUGGGGCUAAAUACACAAUGUGUAUUAUGCUUGAACCAUGAAGAAGAUAGCUCUCAUAUUUUUAGAGAUUGUUUUGUUGCUGCCCAUGUAUGGAAAGCCUCAUCUUUAGGGAUUACAGCACUGAACAAUAGGCAUAUUGGAGUGGAGGAAUGGACAAGAAAUUUUCUCAUGUACUUCUGGAAGGAAGACGGGCAUGAUAGCUCGCGUGCCAUUUGUUUUGUGGCUUAUCUUUGGUCAAUCUGGAAACAAAGAAAUGAAGUGAUUUUUCGAGGUCAGCAUGUUAAUCCUGAGCAAAUAAUUCAAAUGGCCAAUAUCUAUGUCAGGGAGGCCAUUACAGCAACGUGUUUCAGGAAGAGUUUAUUCAGCACCAAUACUAGAAGGAACGUUAACUCAUCACAAUCUCAUCCGUUUUGUGUUCUAAGAGGAGUAUGCUCGAAUGACUAUGUCAUGCUAUUUGCGGAUGGAGUUUGGAAGUGGAACAAAAUGAAAGGAUACUCAGUAGCUGGUAUGGGUUACAUUCUUUGUGAUGAUGGUAGAGAAAUUAUAAAGGAGGCUACAGGAAUUAAUGCUACUUGUGCUAUCCAAGCUAAACUUAAGGCGGUGCUAAUGGGGGUUCAAAGAGUAAGUGUUGCUGCUGUUGGUGUUAGUCUGAAGAGAGUGGCAGGGACCCUGAUGUGGUUGCCAAUUACUGGAAGAAGUGUUCUGAGCAUGUGGAAGGCAUAUGAAACUUGUAGCAGCCAAAAUAUACAUGAUGAGCUAAAUUAUACAAAACUCUCUGUCAUUGACUUUCAUCUUUCUACAAGAUGA